AUGGAUACUGACGGCACUGCUACAGCUGCGUCCGAGACGCCACAGCUUGCAGCACACAGUCACCACCAUGAUAUUCUCCCUUCCACUACCAUUCUUCUUGUUGUAAUGCCGAUUACAAUAAUCAUCUUACUCCUUGCGAUAUUAUUUAUAACAGUCAUGCUCCGACGGAUGAGACCUGCAAAAGAGAACGACAGUUUGAAUAGUAGCCCCGAGCAUGGAAAUUGCAUAUUCGUUCCUCAUAGAAAUGCAGCUCUUUCUACUCCAGAUGUAAAAGGAGGGUGUUUGUAUGGAGUAAAUUCAAGCAGAUUUCCUCCACCAAAAGUUAAAGGCAUACAAGUUUUCACAUACAAGGACCUUGAAGUGGCCACGGAGAACUUUAGCGAAACUAAUGUCAUUGGGAAUGGAGGAUUUGGAGUGGUUUACAAAGGAAUAUUGAGUGAUGGAAAUAUGGCGGCAGUGAAGAUGUUGCAUAGGGAAGGGAAACAAGGGGAGAGAGCUUUCCGUCAAGAGGUGGAUUUACUAAGCACCUUGCACUCUCCAUACCUGAUGGAGCUGCUAGGCUACUGUGCAGACCAGCACCACCGUCUCUUAAUUUUUGAAUUCAUGCCCAAUGGUACUCUUCAGCAGCACCUCCACACUCCCAAUAAUCGAGCUCAACCAUUGAACUGGGGAACCCGAUUAAGAAUAGCACUGGACUGUGCCAGAGCUCUUGAGUUUCUCCACGAACAUACAACACCAUCUGUAAUCCACCGUGAUUUCAAAUGCAGUAACAUCCUCCUGGAUCAAAAUUUUAGAGCUAAAGUUUCUGAUUUUGGAUUGGCUAAGAUAGGGUCUGAUAAGAUCAACGGACAGAUUUCUACACGCGUGAUGGGGACCACUGGAUAUUUGGCACCAGAGUAUGCUUCAACAGGCAGGCUAACAACAAAGUCAGAUGUAUACAGUUAUGGGGUGGUUCUGCUAGAGCUGUUAACAGGCCGUGUUCCGGUUGAUACCAAGCGGCCUUCUGGAGAACACGUUCUCGUCUCUUGGGCUCUUCCGAGAUUAACUUGCAGAGAAAAGCUAGCAAAAAUGGUCGACCCGGCUCUACAGGGACAGUAUUACAAAAAGGAUUUAAUUCAGAUAGCUGCAAUUGCGGCCAUGUGCGUGCAGACUGAAGCUGAUUAUCGUCCUCUAAUGACAGAUGUUGUGCAGUCAUUGAUACCUUUAGUUAAGAAUCUAUCUUCUUCCUGUCCUUCCAAUUCUUCUAGAUCAAACCAAAGAGUAAGCCCCAGGUCCUAGGGCUGUCACAAACUUGUGCUUGAUAAUCUGGUUCUCAUUCCAUCUGCAUCAUCAAUUAGAGAAAUUCUAAGGCGCGUCUGAACC